GAAACCAUCAGAGCUUCAUCAUGAGUGUCCAUCACGCUUUGCUCUGCUUCUUCUUCCUCUCUCUGCACAUCACCAACAGCAGAACCGCUGAUCCUGUGACGCGUUUUUAUGGAGUUCCUGGAGGAGAAAUCAACAUUGAAUGUUCCUUUCCUUCAUCUGGAGAAUGGAAGAUCUUCUGCAGGAAAAACUGUAAAAAAAAAAACAUUCUCAUUGAAACACGUAAAACAUCAGAUGAAAAUGGACGAUACAGGAUUGAAUCUGAUGGGAACAAUCAAUAUGAUUUUGUUGUGAGCAUCUCGGCGCUGACCCAGUCCGACUCAGGAUGGUACCGAUGUGGAUUGAGGACAUUUUCAUCCAGAUAUUCAUACCAGGACUUUGAACUGGUUGUUGCUGAAGCUGUGUUGGAUGGAAACGACGUUCCUGACCUUUUUAAAGAAGCUGGCAGCUCAGUGACAGUCGCCUGUUCCUUUAAAGACUCUGGGAGAAAACGACGGUUCUGCAGAGGAAAAUGUGAAAAAGUUCUUGUUGAGACUGAUGGAGUCAGAGCUAAAAGAGGCAGAUACAGCAUUGAAACCUCAGGAGAAGUUCUGUAUGUGAGCAUCUCAGCGCUGACCCAGUCUGACUCAGGAUGGUACCGAUGUUACCUGGACAUGGCGUUUGGCCGAGAUCCAUACAGAGACUUUUAUCUCAAAGUUACAGACGCAGUCGACCCGCCAGCCUCCAAACCAACAGCUCCUCCGAGGUUCAGAACCAGUUCAGCAAAUGUUCCUGUGGUCGUUGGUGUGACUCUGGCUGCCAUGAUGGUUCUGAUCCCAGCAGUUCUGCUGGUUUCCUGCAGGAGAAGAUCUGUGAGAGAUUCAAGGAAGAGAGGAGACGAUGGAAUAAAGAUGGAGAACGUCGGAUAUGAGAACGUUUCCUCUCAGGACUCAACCUACCAGAAUCUCAGUCCUGCUACCACAGACCAGAACCAGAUCUACUCUACACUCUCACAGCCCACAUGAGACCCUGGACUCAGGUUCUGGACUCGGGUUCUGGACUCGGGUUCUGGGCUCUAGUUCUGGACCCGGGUUCUGGACUCGGGGUUGCCGUUUGUUCUGUGAAGCUGAAACCUGAAGAAAACUGGAUUUAGAAACUGAGCCUCAGUUUUUACUCUGAGCUGCAGCUGCUUUAAAAUAUUGGAUUUUCAGAAAGUUUCUGGUUUAUUAUGAUGAUAAAUUCUUGAUUUGCUUGAAU